AUGGCUGCAAUCUAUCCUUCGUACCUCUUCUACACCAAUGGGCUCCUCCGUCUGGACCGCCCGCUCCCUGCCCUUGUUCCCUGCGACGGUCUCGAGAGCCCAGAAAUUGACAAUACAGAGCUGGACCAAUUCUUGACUCACCAAAUCGACCACGUCUUUAUCCUGCCUCGCAUGAUUUGGAACAGUGACAGAGGCACCUCUGUAUUCCACCCUUUGCUCACCUAUGACGGAAGGCACGGCCGUGGCUUAAACCUUAAGGACAUGUCCCAUUCACCCGAGUACUGCGAACAAAUCCUCCGGAAAGGAUUUGACGACAUUCUCACUGAUCCUUUGGUCCCCAACGAGGUCAUUUCCCCUUUAUUGCCUGACGCCCCGUUCCUCAAAGUCACUAUCGACGCAUUUGGUCCAAAAGAGUACGACUUUGGCAUUCCCUGCCUAGACGAGGACGGUAUACCCCGAACGUGGGGAUGGAUUGCAUACAAGCUUGCCAACAUGGUCUCGAGCGUCGUCAAGAGCGCCAUUAGGAAGGGGAACUGUCGUACUCCUCCUUCUCUCAUCAGUAGUGCCGCCGCCCCAAAGACCUAUGACUUGGAAUGUUUGCGGAUUAUGGGCCUGCUCUUCUUCGAAGAACGUGGCACCUGUGUUCCGGUUCUUGGGUACACCCCUCCUCCCUGCAGCUUGAAUUGA